AUGGAUUCUACAAACCCAAAUGAUGAAGCCAAUUGUUCAACUCCUCCCACAAAAAUCAAUAAAACAUUCGAGCUAAAUCCAAAUGCACAAGAGUGGGUAGGAGGAGCCAACAAAAAAAAGCUAAACCCAAAUGCACAAGAAUGGACUCGAGUAAAGCAAGAGGAUAGGGGUCUCUUCCUAACACUUUCAAAUCAUGACACAUCAACAACACAAAGAGACAUACAUACCUACUUUAACAAUAGAUAUGGUGACUGCGUGCAAUCAAUUGGGAUGUUUGGAGGUCAAGAUUCACCACUUUGUGCUAAAGUGCUUUUCAAGUUUUCAAUCAUACCAAGUUUGUUUUUGAAUAAUUCAAAUGAAGUUUAUAUACACAUUAAUGGCCAAUCAGUGUUGUGCAAGAAGUAUGAUCCAAAGAAGAAACAACACCAUCAAGGCUCGAUCCAGAAUAUGGAAUGA